AUGGCUCGUCGUCGUGCAGGUAAGUAUAAAUUGGCGUGUCUUUCUGCUACCGUAUUAGUGCUGUUUUUUCCCCUCUGCGUGCUGCAGCUAUCUAGUGACCACGGCGCAGAGGAUGAGAUGCGGGAAUCCCACGCAUUGGUGAAGCUGUCACACAUGGAACCCGCCGCCGCAGUAGCAACAGCGGCGUUGUCACCAAAGCCACCUGGGUCGUCGAUACUGCCGUUGGCGCCCGAUGACAGUGCUCUCUUACCAGGGGUCAUUGAAGACCCAUCAAGGCCGUAUGGUAGAAGUCCUACGGCGUGUCUGCAGAAAGAGUUUAGAAUGGAUUUCCCCAUGAGCGAACUUGAGCAGGAGUUGCGACGCGUCUAUGCCGUGGUUGACACUGUCAUGCGGAAGCAUGGCAUCACAUACUGGCCGGCAGACGGAACACUGCUGGGGAUAAUUCGCCAGGGUCGCGUGGCGAACGAUCUUGAUUUAGACUUCCAUGUGUUGACGACGAGGAAAGACUGUCUGCCGCUGUUGCGCUCACUGGAAGGGCCAUUUAAGAAAAUGGCCACAAUAUUGCGUUUUUCCAUUGCGGUAGGUGGAAAGAAACACAGGCCUUACACUGGCGUGGCGAUGUUUGCCAUGGUACGGAUGGUACGCCAGUUUGGUGAUAUUAACACGGGCGCAGAUAUUACCUGUGUGUAUUACGAACCGGACGGUCUGUACACUGUCUUUAACCACUUUGGUCGACUCAUGCCAAUACCGAAUAAUACCUUCCCUCUUGUUCCUUGCCGUGUGUACGACAUGACGGUAAUGUGCCCCGCUGAUGGGCACGCGAUGCUGAAGGCGUUCAAGCCACGCUACGAUGGGUGCAUGAUUUUCCCGCACUGCUUUGGCGACCCUGAGCGGUCGCACCGACGUUGCCUCACGCCACAUCCACCAGUUCCACUGGCGGAUUUUGUGAAUGCCACCAAGGCGCUGCAAAGAUGUGGCUACGCUAACCUGGUGGAUCAUUACGGGAGUGAACCCUUGUGUGCGCGUUUGAUGGAAGAGGCGGAGCGACCAGGUCUCGUGUGCUGUGAUCCCACGAGAUGUGAGCUCCUGAAUGGGCAUAGGUAUUGCUUUUUGCAACCCUUUAACGGGUAA